AUGACCAAAACCGCCCUCCUCGUCCUGGACAUCCAGAACGGGAUCGUCGAGCGCCUAGACGAUCCCGAUACCUACCUCGCACGCCUCGCUCCCGUCAUCAAAGCGGCCCGUGAAUCCGACAUCAAAGUCAUCUACGUCAAGACAGCUUUCCGGGAAGGAUACCCCGACACACACCCGCGCAGCGUCAUGGGUACUCGAGUCCGAGAAUCACAGUCAUUCCGCGAAGGUGAUAUCUCCGUCGAGAUCCCUUCCGUCGUGGCGCCGGAUGCCAACGAGCCGAUCAUCACCAAGCGCCGCGUGUCGGCUUUUACCGCGACGGAUCUGGACCUUGUGCUUCGCUGUCUGGGAGCGGAGCACUUGGUCGUCGUCGGGCUAAUCACCAGCGGUGCGGUGCUGUCAACUGUUCGGCAGGCUGCUGAUCUGGACUAUCAGCUGACUGUGCUGGAGGAUCUGUGCAUGGACAGAGACCAGGAGGUUCAUGAUAUUCUGAUGAAAAAGGUGCUGUCGAGACAGGCGCGGGUUGUUUCCUCUGCCGAGUGGUUGGCAGAGCUUGAUUAA